AUGACGGCGUACGUAGGAAGAGCGUGGUCGAUGCUUCGAUUCUAUACGGAUUGUGCUUACGCCGGUGUCGCAUAUCUCGUCAACUCGAAAGCUCAUCGAGCAAUGCCGAAUCUAACGCACGUCGAACCAAUCGAGAAGCUCUCCGACGCGGUAACUCGCAUUUUGGGUCACAAUCCGGGACCGUUUACUCUUCAAGGAACGAAUACAUAUCUGUUGGGAACUGGAACUAAUAAAAUUCUGAUUGACACUGGCGAGCCGAACAUCUCCGAAUACAUCUCCGCUCUGAAAUCGGUUCUCUCGUCAACCAAUUCUCAAAUUGCAUACAUUGUAAUCACUCAUUGGCAUGGCGAUCAUGUUGGAGGAAUUGAUAAUAUCACUGAAGAGAUUUUGGACAAAAAGAAGAUUCCCAUCUAUAAAAUGCAGAGAGACAAAGAUGAAGGAGUUGAAAGGUUCACUUAUGUCAACGACGGGCAUGAAGUUAGAGUGGAUGGAGCUACUUUGAAAUUCAUUGCCACUCCAGGUCACACCGCUGAUCACUUUGCACUUUGGCUUGAAGAGGAAAAGGCACUAUUCAGUGGAGAUUGCAUUCUCGGAGAGGGAACAACUGUUUUCGAAGAUCUUCACGACUACAUGACGUCACUUCAGAAGAUUCGAGGACUCGAUGCAACAAGAAUUUAUCCAGGUCACGGACCAGUUAUCGAUAAAGUUGUCGAGAAAGUCGAUGAAUAUAUCGAGCAUCGAAUGAAACGAGAAAGAGAGAUUGUGGCAGUUUUGAAAAAUCACGAGGAGAUUACAAGUAUGGACGUGACGAAUCAAGUGUACAGUGAUUCUCCAUGGGCUGUUCGACUUGCAGCAUUGAACAAUGUAAAACUGGUUUUGAAGAAAUUGAUAAAGGAUGGAGUCGUCGAGAAUCCAUAUUUCGAAAGUUUCAAAUGGGUUGGACCAUCGGACGAAAAGAAACCAGAAGCAGCUAAUUUGUAA